AUGCUGGUGAUGCACUUUGACCAACCAAGUAGAUCAGAAAACCUCUUUUAUCUAAAAAAUGUGGCCAAGCUAAGCCCAGGAGAUGGUGAAGUUCUCCUCAAGAUGACAGACAGUGCCCUAAACAGGGCUGACAUACUCCAAAACCAAGGCCAGUAUGUCCCACCACCAGGAGCCAGUAGCAUUUUGGAACUUGAGGCAUUGGGACAUGUGGCUGAGCUGGAACCUGGUUGCUAGGGACACUGGAAGACUGGAGAUUUGGCCAUGGCUCUGCUGCCUGGUGGAAACCAAGCUUGGUACAUCACUGUCCCUGAAGACCUUGUACCUAUCCCAGACUGAGUGUCUCAAGCGGCAGCCAUCCCAGAAGUUUGGACUAUCAUCUUUCAGAUACUUUCCAUUGCAGGCCAUGUUCAGGCUGCAGGCUCUGUGCUGAUCCACGGAGGAUCAAGUAGAGUGGGCACAGCUGUCAUCCAGCUGGCUUGGAGUGCUGGUACUAUUCCUCUGGUUAGAGCUGGCUUCCAGCAUAAGUUUCAAAUGGCAGGAAAGCUCAUGGCUGCAGCUGGAUUCAGUCAUAGAGAAGAUUUUUCUGAAGCAGCUCUAAGAUUCACUAAAGUACAAACAAACACUGGUGAAAUUUUUCACGGAGCAAAUUCUGCCCUUCUCUAUGGCAGUUCUGCUACCGGUUCUGGACAGAGUCUACCCAGCAACUUGGUAUUCAAGUGGCUAAUAUGUAGAGGCCAACAGGAACGUGGGAAAAAUCGUCUUGGAGCUGCCCUAGUGAAGGAGGACCUCAGAGCAAACUUGGGAGUGGGCUCUCUUCCCAAGUCCGCUCCUGCUAGCGAUCUCUCAUGGACCCCGCCCACCUCGGUCCUCAAGCCACACCCCCUCAAGCGGAACACGUCCCUUCAGUCGCAUUCGCCCCGCCCCUUCCGGUCCGGUAUCCGGAAGCGGCCGGGAGCUCGCUUUUUCGCCUUCCGGCCUGAGAAUGCGUUUUCUGUAGUUUGUCUUGGAGCAUCUUUUCUAGGAAGUAAACACGUCCUAGUUUGA